AUGAAUCGCCUCUUUGGCUCAAAGAGCACUGCUCCCAAACCCACUCUAAACAGUGCCAUAUCCAAUGUAGAUACACGAGUCGAUUCGAUCGACGUGAAAUUGGCCAAAAUCAACGCCGAGCUAUCCACCUAUCAGGCAAAACUGGCCAAAAUGCGCGAUGGGCCGGGCAAACAAGCCAUCAAGCAGAAAGCGUUGAAAGUCCUACAACGUCGCAAGAUGUACGAGUCACAACGCGACCAACUACAGCAACAGUCUUGGAACAUGGAGCAGGCCGGGAUGAUGCAAGAUAAUCUGAAGAACGUUAUGACGACGGUCGAUGCCAUGAAGACCACCAAUAAAGCUCUCAAGCAGCAGUACGGAAAGAUCAACAUCGACAAGAUCGAACAGAUGCAGGACGAGAUGGCGGAUCUGAUGGAGAUCGGGAAUGAGAUCAACGAGAGCAUCAGCCGAGCAUAUGAUGUUCCUGAAGAUGUCGAUGAGGCGGAAUUGGAUGCGGAGCUGGAAGCACUUGGAGAAGACAUGAUGUUUGAGCAGGAGAUGGGCAUAGGAGAGAGCACGCCUGGCUUCCUACAGGAUGAAGUCGCUCCACCUCAAUUUGUGGACGAGCCUCCGGAGCAAGGCAAAGUCAAGGAGGCGGCCGGUGGUAUUGGCUAA